GCAUGGACAAUAGUAAACCUUGGGAGACCUACACAGAGUGGGGGAAAACAUAUGGUGCGUUCCUGCGCCCCAAUGUCACCACACCCAUCCCAUGGACACCUCGGUUCACGUCUCAGGUCCUAUCAUGUAUUCUCGUCUACUUAACAAAGAUAUCAUCAUCAUCAAUUCUGAGAAGAUUGCAAAAGAUCUCAUGGUCCGACGAUCAGCCAACUUCUCUGAUAGACCGGUGCUCGUUACCAACGUCUUGUAUGCAAAGCCCUCGACAUCUAUCCACGUGAAUUAGCUAUAACACCAUGGCCGUUCCGUUUUCGUAGAUUCGGACAGGACUGGAAUGCUGCAUUUAUGCAUUAUGGUGACAGAUGGCGGCAAUGCAGACGGCUCCUC